UUACAUUUUAGAAUGGGGUGCCUCAAGACUAACCAUAAUUUUAAAUGGUGCCUCGGGACUGUCCAUAAGUUUAGAGGGUGCCUUGACAUUGUGCAUAAAUUUAGAGGGUGCCUUGACAUUGUCCAUAAUUUUAGAGGGUGCCUUGACAUUGUGCAUAAUUUUAGAGGGUGUCUUGACAUUGUGCAUAAUUUUAGAGGGUGCCUUGACAUUGUCCAUAAUUUUAGAAGGGUGCCUUGACAUUGUCCAUCAUUUUAGAGGGUGCCUUGACAUUGUCCUUAAUUGUAGAGGGUGCCUUGACAUUGUCCAUAAUUUUAGAGGGUGC